CAGCGAAUCAAUGUACCACUGGCCGCGCAUUUAACAACAUAACAAAUCCGCUAUUGUGAAUUAAUCUUUACUCGUUCCGCUAUCAAGAGAACCGCUCAAUUUUUGGAGAUUGUGCGUUCAACAAAAACAACCAAAAGAAAGCGAAAAACGAAAAUCAAAAAGUUAAUGUAAGCCGGCAGAAGAAGAGAGAAAGGUUAGAAAGAUUUAAUCCAGAAACGACGCGAAGAGGAUGGCAAAAUAUUUUUUAUCCUCGUCGAUUUUUCUCGCGAUUUUCCUCUCGAAUAUUCACGAAUACGGAGCUUACGUUCCUCCGCCGGCUUCGGUUCAGCCGUAUCAUCCUGCGGGACUGCGCAUGUCUAUUCCUGAUGAGCCAGGAAUCAAUUUAGUGGCCUUUCACGUGAACGUCAAUAGGAGAUUUAACGGCCUCGAAGCGGGACAAAUUGCAAAAGACAUUCUCACAGCUCGUAACGGAGAAUGGACUUAUCAGGACAGUCAUACCCAAGUGAAAAGAGGCGAUAUUAUUUAUUAUUGGAUCCACGUUCAGCGUCACGGACUUGGUUACAAUCUCGUCGAUCAAAUGCAUCGUGUUACUAAUCUUUACUAUUGAGGUAAUGGUCCCUUUUUCCGAAUAUUGACAGUAGUAGUACUGGCAAUAGUAUCGUAGCAUUGUGGGAAUCGAUAGAAAGAAAAGACUGUGAACUAUAGAAAUGUUUUUUAUCUUCACAUUCUUCUAGAAAAAAUAUAAAAUAAAUAUGGAAAUAAAUAUGGAA